CAAGUGAAAGUGUUCCGAGUGCCGCAAAAAAUAUUCCACAAAAAAUAGCCACAAAUCCUUAAGUUCUGAUCCUUAAAAGUGGCCUAAAGGGCGUAAAAAUCCUCGUACUUGGUUUCUAUUAAAUCCACUAGAAUGCCCAGCUCAAGGCGUGCUAUUCUGAGGCACAUAUUGUCCGGAAUAUGCACCAAAAUGAAUCGCACCAAGUCGGUGCCCACUGACGUCAUGGAGACGCCGCUGAACCGAUGCCUCAACACCUUCGACAUCGCUCUAUUGGGCAUCGGCCAUAUGGUUGGCGCUGGCAUCUACGUUCUCACCGGAACUGUGGCCAAGGAGAUGGCUGGACCAGGCAUUAUACUAUCCUUUAUCCUAGCCGGAUUUAUAUCCAUGCUGGCUGCUUUAUGCUACGCAGAAUUUGGAACUCGAGUUCCCAAGGCGGGAUCGGCUUAUGUGUACACCUACAUCUCGAUGGGUGAGUUCUGGGCCUUCGUCAUCGGUUGGAACAUCCUGCUAGAGCACAUGUUAGGAGCAGCAUCGGUAGCCAGAGCUUGGAGCGGAUAUGUGGACUCGAUGCUGGGUGGUUGGAUUGGCAACACAACUCUGGAGCUAACAGGUGGAAUCCAUGAGCCUGGAUUGGCCCAAUAUCCGGAUAUCUUGGCCUUUCUCGUUUGCAUAGUUUAUGCAGCUGCCCUAGCCGGAGGAGUCAAGGCCACGGCGGUGUUUAACAGUCUCCUCACCCUGGUCAAUAUAGCCGUAAUGGUUUUGGUGAUCAGCGUUGGAUUCUGGUAUGCGGAUGGCAAGAAUUGGUCUGAGGCGGAAGGUGGUUUCCUGCCUUAUGGCAUUGGAGGAGUAAUUGCGGGAGCAGCCACAUGUUUCUAUGCCUUUGUUGGCUUCGAUUCUAUAGCCACUUCCGGAGAGGAGGCCAAGAACCCAUCGGUUUCCAUACCAGUAGCCACGGUGAUCUCCCUGUUUGUGGUGACAGUGGGUUAUAUCCUGGUGAGUGCUGCUCUGACCCUAAUGAUUCCUAUUAGCGAGAUCAAUCCGGCUGCCUCGUUGCCGGAGGCAUUUGGGCAACUAAAUCUCUCUUGGGCAAAGUACCUGAUCUCCAUCGGAGCUCUAUGCGGAAUGACCACCACCCUUUUGGGAUCUCUUUUUGCAUUGCCGCGGUGCAUGUAUGCCAUGGCCUCGGAUGGAUUGCUUUUUAGUUGUUUCGGCAAGAUCAAUCCCACUACCCAGGUUCCCCUACUGAACCUAGUGGUAUCCGGAGUGAUGAGUGCCUGCUUGGCUUUGGUCUUUGAUCUGGCCAAGCUGGUGGAGUUUAUGUCCAUUGGAACCCUACUGGCCUACACCAUAGUCUCGGCCAGUGUGAUCAUCCUUCGAUAUAGACCUAUGGAGAGGAUUCAUACAACUAUCAGGGUUCCAGCAGUGGCCGGAAGUCCCGAUGACGACGAUGAUGAUGAGGAUUUGGCAUCUCAGUCCAGCAUGGAUACAUCUUCGCCCACAAGUGAGAUGAUUGAGGAAGUUCUAGCAGGAAGAUUGAAGGCCCAAUUCAGAUGUCUGGAACCUUUGCUAGGACGCUUUGAACCUGGUUCCGUGGUUUCCUUUGCCGUAAUGCUGUUUAUCUUUUUGAGCUUCGCCAUCUGUGUGGAGCUGAAGGUAUCGUGGACGCAACUGUAUACGGGCACCUGGUGGGCCCUGAUCAUCUACGGAUUUAUCAUCUUCGCUGCUAGUACCUGUGUGGCUGUAAUAGCUGUCCACAACCAGAACACCCGUGGCCUGAUCUUCAAAGUACCCUUGGUUCCUUUUGUUCCGGCAUUGGGAAUCUUCUGUAACAUUCUGCUGAUGGUCCACCUGGAUGCUGUGACUUGGGUGCGCUUCUUCGUUUGGGUUUGCAUUGGUAUGGUGGUGUACUUCCUAUACGGAAUUCGCAACAGCAAAGAGGGUGAGGUCUGCUCAUCGUACUCCAUCCUGAUGACUACUUCCGAGGCUGGAAAGGUCCCCUGGGGAUCCUUCAAGGCAGCUUCUGGGGGCAAAAAGAUCAGCAAGCACUCCAUCUUCGAGAGAUUCACGGGUCGCAGCAAGGCGGAGGACAAGAAAUCCAUCGUGGAGGAAAGCGAAAACGAAACCUCGGGAUAUUCCUAAGUCAAUUCUUCCAAAAAAUGUAUCCAAUGCUUCAACACAACCACAGAUCAGGGACUAAAAUCGAAAUCGGUUAAAAAACAUAGAAAGAUACUUUGGUUACGGUUUUCGGUUUAUUACUUUCAAAAACUUAAAUGUAAAUAGAUAAAACUUCUUAAUUUUCUUUACAUUUUAAUUAAGUUUUAGCAGUUCCAAACACUUAAAGCUUAUUUUUUGAGAACUUCCAAUAAGAAAUCUGUUAUUUUAAUACAUUGUUUCUCAGUUAAAGCGAAGGUUUCGGAUAUUGUUUUGUAAUCGUUCUGAAACUGAUACGGUUAGAAGUCCUGCUACAGGUGUACUUAAUAAACUCUCUAUAAAUAACCCAUUCCAAUUCUACGCAUUCCUAGAAAAAAAACCCAACGUUUAACGAGACAUAUUAUGAGAACUUUGGAAUCUAUUAUAGCAACGUACCUUUACCACAUUACGGUAUAUCUGUCUACAGUGUAUUAUUCGAAACAAUAUUGCAGUAAUGGUAUUACAACAACAAGAACAAAAAAACAAUAUAUUUACUCUGCAAACGUUCAAAUAAAUUUAUUAAACGUUAUGCACACAAGGCAUUUGUUAAACAAUAGUACAUACAAACAUGUCUUUAAACAACUAUAUAUUUAUAACUGUGUAAAUAAGCAUAUACAAUAUUAUAUAUUUGCAAAUAUAUUAAUUCAUGUAUACAAA